ACCCUACCUCACAGAGCUGGGCUGGACGCUGGUGCCCGAGGGUUCCGACCCACAGGUCAUGCACGCGGACGUCUGCUGGGAGGGGUCGCCAGAGCCGAGGCAACCCGGACGCGGGCGCUUUCACCACUUCGCGUGGAAGCCGGACCCGACCCAGGAGUGCACCACCCGCAUAGUGCCAGGUGCCUUCACAGAGGGCGUGGCGACUUGGGACCACUACGACAGGACGGUGGCCGUCAAGUCCACCGCGCUGGUUUUCGACAGCGAGCUCCUACAUCGAGGUGGCCCUACUCCCAAGGGCGCGGGGUGGACCAGCACGCUCACGCUGCAGGUCUGCGCCGGCAGUUGCCUGCAGGCCCUCAAGGAGCGGGUGAGCGCGGGGCUCAUGUGCUACAUCCAGGAGCUCGGCUGGGAGCCCGGCGCCGCCGUCGAG